CCGUCUCAGCCUUUGAGUCCAUACAAAAGACUUUCAUUUUCUGGCAGUAUUUAUUUGAUCAGUCUCGAUUGUCAACCUGUCAUCUUGUAUUGUUCCGCCUUCGUCUUGUGACCUAUUUACAUAUCACUGAAACUUAAUAACCUAGUAAUUACGACGCGACUUCAUUUCAAUGAACCAAGACCUACAAAUCGAACGUGAGUCAGGUCCUGGCUUUAAAGGAUAGGGGGUAGAGAAUUCGCCGAUCUAGCAGAGAAUAACAACACAUCAGGACAAGGAUUCAAGAGCUAUGAUGCAGUUUUCAAUUUGGACAAUUGUUCUUCUUUUAUCCCAAGCCGCAUUUCAAUGUACCGCGGCUGUCAAACCUGUUGCUGUUGAGUGCAAUCCACCAGUCCUCUCGACUGUGGCAGUGGACGAACCGCACCACAGAUAUUAUCCAUAUUUCAUACGACUCCAUCGGUGCGAGGGCUCGUACGGGUACGAAAGCCCCAACAUCAAGAAAUGUGUGGUCACAGAGAGUAGGGAGGUUACAUUUUCGGUCUAUGAUACUACCAAUAGACUAUCGACACAAAUAAGACUCCAGAAUCACACGAAAUGUGGCCCUGAGUGCAAGGCAAGUCCUCUCGAUUGUGAUUUAAAAGUGCAGGAAUGGAACGACAAAAGCUGCCAAUGCAAAUGUUUAUAUCCACGUUCGCCUCCGCCUGACGAUGUCGUGAAACCAAAAAAGGGCUUUGGGUGGAAUAACCAUCUCUGUCGAUAUGAAUGCAACACACAUGAACGUUGUCCGCUUGAAAAGAUGUGGAAUAAGAAGAAAUGUUCCUGUGUUUGCACAUCAUUUUAUGAACAUCAUUGUAAGGCUGAAAACAAGUUGAUGGAUCCUAAAACAUGUGCAUGUAAAGAUCCAAUGAAAUCAACAGCACCACGACCUGGGUUCAUGACCUAUGUGGAAUCCAAAGUCCUUGCUGUUUUUCUUGCUCUUGCAAUAGUAGUGAUUUUAUGUUUAAUUACCUACCUUUGGUACCGCUCAGCUUAUCCCAAAUAUCCAUUUGGAUCCUCUGGAAAACUGAAUGAGUCAACCAGUAGUGCUGAAUCUGUUGGUCAGAGCUGUGAAAAUGCUGGUGUUAGGGUUGAAACACAAGUCUAA